GCGAUGGAGAUUAAGGCAGGGGCUUUUUGUCAUUUGUGCGAGACAAGCCAUUCAUCCAUCCAGUUCACAGCCAAAAAAAGGCUGGUCCCAGAAAUUAGCAGUUUCAGCUCAGCAGCAAAGUCGUCGGGCUGUGAAGGCAGAGAGAAAUUGACUAAUUAGCAAUGCGCACUAAAACUUGACGGUUCUCUCUAUAACAGCGAGGGAAAGACUCGGUUUUUCUCCCCCUUUCUCUUUUCUUUCUUCCAUAGAUGUUUGAAAUCGCAGUCAUUUACGCUCGACAGUUUUUACAAUAGCCUUGAGCCAUAAUUUUGCGAGUCUCUCCAGCAUCCAUACCCCUGCAUGGUCUCUCUCCACCGGCCAUGCACGACCGUUUCUCUCCCCAACCGUGGAUUUCCUAUUACUCUCGUUACGACUCACUGAGCCCCAGGCCCAAGGAUAAUGAUGUGUUGUUUCUUGGUAGCAUAAUUUGUCACACGUAUAUUUCUUCUUCUUCUUCUCUUGCAGAAAGCACAGCUCCCUCUCACACACUCACACACUUCUUGUUAAUUCAGAAGAACAAAUGAUCAACGUCAACAAAUAACCUGAAAUAGUGACUUUAUGAGUUGGAAUCAAUGGUUAUUUUGAGACAACACCGACCAUAGACUUUAAAGGAAAAGGACAUUUCUUAAAAAGGAGAACAAAGGAAAAAUUCAAUAUUGGGGAACCUGAAGCUUACUUUCUUUUUUUGUCAAGAGCUGAAGUCAGGUGGCGUUCACAGUCAGGAAGUCAUGUCCAGAUCGGGUGAUAGAACAUCCACCUUUGACCCAACACACAGUGACACCCUGCUGCACGGGCUCAAUCUGUUAUGGAGAAAACAGCUUUUCUGUGAUGUGACUCUCACUGCCCAGGGACAGCAGUUCCACUGCCACAAAGCUGUGCUGGCAUCCUGCUCCCAGUAUUUCAGAUCCCUCUUCUCUUCCCAUAAUGUAAUCAACAAUGAGCUAAGCAAAGGGGACCAGGGCAGCAGUGGGACCCCCUCAUCCUCUCCUGAUGACAAGCUGGUGACCCCCAAUGCCAGGCCCAUCAAUAACCUGGUACUCCAGGGCUGCUCCUCCAUUGGACUACGAUUAGUGCUGGAGUACCUGUACACUGCCAACGUGACUCUUUCCCUGGACACAGUGGAAGAAGUGCUGUCAGUCAGCAAGAUCCUCAACAUCCCCCAGAUUACCAAGCUCAGCGUGCAGUUCCUCAACGACCAGAUCUCUGUGCAGAACUACAAGCAGAUCUGCAAGAUUGCCGCACUCCAUGGACUGGAUGAGACCAAGAAGCUGGCCAACAAGUACCUGGUGGAGGAUGUGCUGCUGCUGAACUUUGAGGAGAUGUGCGCCAUGCUAGAUGCUCUACCACCCCCUGUGGAGUCAGAGCUGGCUCUGUUCCAGAUGUCAGUCCUCUGGCUGGAGCAUGACCGCGAGACUCGCAUGCACUAUGCGCCGGACCUUAUGAAGAGGCUGCGCUUCGCCCUCAUACCUGCUCCAGAGCUGGUGGAGAGGGUGCAGUCUGUUGACUUCAUGAGGAGUGACCCUGUGUGCCAGAAACUACUCCUGGAUGCCAUGAACUACCACCUGAUGCCCUUCAGGCAGCAUUGCAGGCAGUCCACAGCCAGCAGAAUCCGUUCCAAUAAGAGAAUGCUGUUACUGGUGGGUGGUUUGCCUCCUGGACCUGAUCGUCUCCCCAGCAAUUUGGUCCAGUACUAUGACGAUGAGAAAAAGACAUGGAAGAUCCUCACAAUAAUGCCUUACAACAGCGCCCAUCACUGCGUGGUGGAGGUGGAAAACUUCCUGCUGCUGCUGGGUGGAGAGGACCAGUGGAACCCCAAUGGAAAGCACAGCACUCAUUUUGUCAGCCGCUAUGAUCCCAGAUUCAACAGUUGGAUACAGUUGCCUCCUAUGCAGGAGAGGAGAGCCAGUUUCUUUGCCUGCCGCAUGGAUAAACACCUGUACGUGAUUGGUGGUAGGAACGAGAGCGGCUACCUCUCCAGCGUCGAGUCCUACAACCUGGAGACUAACGAGUGGAACUACCUGUCGUCUCUGCCGCAGCCUCUGGCCGCUCAUGCAGGAGCAGUGCACAACGGCAAGAUCUACAUAUCAGGAGGAGUACACAAUGGAGAGUAUGUGUCCUGGCUCUACUGUUAUGACCCUAUAAUGGACGUGUGGGCGAGGAAACAGGAUAUGAACACAAAGCGCGCCAUUCACACCCUGGCUGGAAUGAAUGACCGCCUAUAUGCUAUUGGUGGAAACCAUUUGAAAGGUUUCUCCCAUCUAGACGUAAUGUUGGUUGAGUGUUACGACCCGAAAGCUGACCAAUGGAACAUCCUGCAGACACCCAUCCUGGAGGGUCGCAGCGGCCCGGGCUGCGCUGUGUUGGAUGACAGCAUCUUCCUUGUGGGGGGCUACAGCUGGAGCAUGGGGGCCUAUAAGUCUUCUACCAUCUGCUACAGCCCAGAGAAAGGAACAUGGACAGAGUUGGAGGGAGAGGUGGCAGAGCCUUUAGCGGGCCCAGCCUGUUCCACCGUCAUACUGCCUGCCUGCCUUCCCUUUAACAAAUGACAACUAAUCCAACCGAAGGGCGGUAAGGGUGAGGAGCAGCAGAGUGAAUGGGGGGAGGACCAUCAAUAAGCAAAACAGUUGUCAACAAUUUUGUGACAAACCCUCCGGUCAGACGACGAGGGUGUGUAUAAAUUAUUUUUUUACAGGUUUGACCAGAGCACUUUCGUUAUUCCCUACUGAAGGUUUGAACAAAAAAAAAAAAAGAAUUGUGUAACUCAUGUAUUUAAACUCAUCUGUGUUCUGAGAAAUGGUCGGUUUCAUAUUUGAUUUGAUUUAACCUGAUAGUAAGUGUUUUUGGCUUCUCUUCUAUAGCACGCAUAGUGUUGAACUGAAUUAUAGCUUUCAAAUCCAUUGUAUCUUGUAUUCAGUA